AAGUAAUUCAUGAAUGAAACACGUAAAACGCUUUAUGUGUGAUACAUAAAUCGUGCAGCUAAAUGCACCUUGAAAUGAAAAGAAGAAGUAGAUCAUAAUGAGAUCAUAAGAACAAGACAGUGAAAGUGAGGCGGGUCCUCAACACAAACCCGAGAGUUAUGCCGAAUUAUGAAUCAAGUUUUUGGGGGUAUCGUUAAUGCGAAAUAUUGCACAAUAUCUGCGGCCGUAUGUAUAUAAAGCAAUUCCACAAUUCAAUUGUAUCAUUACCAGUUCAAUCAUCAUAAAAAUGUCUCUUAGGUAUAUUGUAUUCGCCGCCUUUGUCGCUGUGGCUAAUGCUGGAGCAAUUGGAUAUAAUUUACCUGCGGCUCACGUGCAAUACGCUGCUGCCCCAGCAGUGACAUACGCCGCGGCCGCUCCAGCUCAUUACGCCCACGCUCCAGUGCACUAUGCUCACGGUCCCGCCGUCGCUUAUUCUCAUGCUCCCGCUGCAUAUGCAGCUCCAAUUGCAAAAGCUGUUGUUGCCGAAGAGUACGAUGCCAAUCCCCAAUACUCGUACGCUUACGAUAUUCAAGAUGCUGUAACUGGUGAUAGCAAAAACCAACACGAGACCCGCAACGGAGAUGUUGUCAGUGGAAGCUACUCCGUUGUUGAUCCAGAUGGUGUCAAAAGAACCGUUGAGUACACAGCUGAUCCUCAUAACGGAUUCAAUGCAGUGGUCCACAGAGAACCGCUUGGUGUUGCCGUUAAAGCUGUAGCGCCAGUAGCAGCUCCAUUAGCCUAUGCUGCACCUGUAGCUAAAUAUGCAGCAGCUCCGGUUGCAUAUGCUGCACCUGUCGCCAAAUACGCAGCAGCUCCCGUAGCUUAUGCUGCACCCGUAGCUAAAUAUUAUCACUAGGUUUAAUGAAUCGAUCUGGUCUUGUACAUAACUUAUUAUAAAUAAAUAUUUAUGAACAUAAA